AUGGCACAGUCGACAUUCAUCCCGGGGAGACAUAUCAUGGACAACAUCUACCUCGCUCAAGAGCUUAUGCGCAGGUAUGCGGACAAUAAGAAUGCUCCCAAGUGUACGGUCAAGAUUGAUCUCCGAAAGGCGUAUGACAGUGUCGAUUGGGACUUCCUCAAAUCCAUCCUACACGGGCUGAACUUCCACCCAAAGUUUGUCUUUUGGGUGAUUCAGUGUGUCACUACACCUAGGUUCUCAAUCGCGAUCAACGGGAGCCCGCAUGGGGUGACUACAUGUCCAUGGAGAUCUUGGCAAACGCUAGGAGGAAUUCUUGGGCUGCCUAGCCGGGACUUGGAGGAGAUCAGGAGCAUAUUCGGGUUCCCAAUGGGGGCCCUAUCGGUGAAGUACUUAGGAGUGCCACUCACGUUGAGCAAGCUCAACAUUAUGCACUACACGCCGCUGAUUGAGAAGAUUGCAUCCCUCACCAAAAAAUGGACAUGUAAGAAUCUUUCGUAUGCCGGUAAAACUGAACUUGUGCGCUCAGUCUUGCAGGGCGUUGAGUGCUAUUGGCUACAAGUCUUUCCCUUGCCAGCAAACGUAAGGGAUCGGGUCAUCUCCAUCUGCCGUGAGUUCCUUUGGGGUACAAAACACCCCCCUGUGUCAUGGAAGGAACUCUUCCUACCGAAGGAUGAAGGAGGACUCGGCUUUCGCGACCUCGGGGCGUGGAAUAAGGCACUCUUGGCUCGGAACUUGUGGAACAUUCACGUGUAA